AACAAAUAUCCUUCAUCCCAUUAAUCGCCGAUCGAUCAUCUUCUCCGGCCGAUUAACGAUGGCGCCGCCGUUCCACUUUGACUACAGACGUAUAGAGGUUGGCCGGAGAGAAGAAAUGAGCCACCCUGACACCCUAAAAUCAGUAUUGGCCGAGUUCAUCAGCACCCUCAUUUUUGUCUUCGCCGGAGAAGGCUCCGGCAUGGCCUUCAACAAGCUAACCGACAACGGCUCCAGCACCCCCGACGGUAUAGUGUCGGCAGCCCUAGCCCACGCAUUCGGUCUGUUCGUGGCGGUUUCCAUUUCCGCCAACAUCUCCGGCGGGCAUGUGAAUCCGGCAGUCACCUUUGGAGCCCUCCUCGGCGGCAACAUUAGUCUGAUAAAGGGUAUACUAUAUUGGAUUGCUCAGUUGGCUGGAUCUUCCGUGGCCUGUUUGCUUUUAAAGUUCUCCACCGGAGGCUUGACGACGUCUGCAUUUUCUUUGUCGGCGGAUGUGUCUGUUUGGAACGCGUUGGUGCUAGAGAUAGUGAUGACAUUUGGGCUAGUGUACACGGUUUAUGCGACCGCAAUUGAUCCAAGGAGAGGGAAUGUAGGAAUAAUAGCACCCAUUGCCAUUGGUUUCAUUGUGGGUGCUAAUAUUUUAGCAGGGGGUGCCUUUGACGGGGCUUCAAUGAACCCUGCCGUGUCGUUUGGACCGGCACUGGUCAGUUGGAGUUGGACCCAUCAAUGGGUGUACUGGGCUGGACCACUUAUUGGUUCGGGAAUAGCGGCCAUUGUUUACAACUUGUUCUUCAUUGACCACGGUCAUGUUCAUGAACCUUUGCCGGGCGGUGACUUUUGAAAUAUUGUUUGAGUUGUCAUUUGUUUUCUUCAUGUAUUGUCAUCUACGUGUUCGUGUGUGAUCAGAGGAAGAGCUAGCUAAUUAAGUAAUUAUUAUGGCCUUAAUUCUGUCAAUAAACUGUACUGCUUUUUUUUUUUAUUUUUUCAUGAAUAAUAAUAAUAAUAAUGUGCGUUGCUUUUAA